AUGGCUCCCUCCUACGAAACCAUAUCUGGCACCGACAUCUACGGCCCCGGGACUUUCAUUGACAAGAACCCUCUGCCGGUCCCCGAAGAUGCGAGUCGAGUCUUUGAAUAUCUUGCCACCCAGACGCCCUUCUUCAAUCAAAAUAAGUCGGCAUGGGACACGGUCCGUUUCGAAGGACAGCCGGAUCCGAUGAUUCCUGGCCCGAUCAAAGCCCCCGUGGUGGCUGCUGCGCUGCACGCGAUGUGUGGUGUCGUCGCCAACGAGUUGCUUGAACUACGCGAUGGAAAGCCCUUGAACGAUAGUCGAGUCACAGUCAACACCGACCACGCCGGGCUUUGGCUCGGAUCGACAUUCACCACCUCGAUCGACGGGUCCGAUAUUUCGACACUCGCGCGGUCGGGCAAGCUGAGUUCUCUUUUUGAUCGAGACUUUGAACAAGGAUUUGGACAGGGUAUUGCGGGACGAACAACGGCGAUCUACCAGACCAAGGAUCUGAGAGUUUGGUACCAGCUGCAUGGGUCGUUAGACGCCAAGAAGACGCUCGAGUCUAUGGGAAUCGACAGCUCUGUCACGUUCAAAACCCCAAGCGAGUAUUAUGACUAUAUUCAGAAACACGUCCACGAAUGGAGCGCCGACGAGCUCGAGAUGCAUAAUGUGCGACAUGGUCUCUGUGGAAGCAUCUGCUAUACUCCGGAUGCAUGGAGAAAGACAGAAUUUGGCAAACAACUUGGAAAGCAUCCACUAGUGAACCUGACUCACGAGUCUUACGCCUGCCCCACGCCCCCGGUCGCAUUGCCGAAAGCUGUCACGGAUAGAAGGCCUCUGGCAGGCAUUAAAGUCCUUGAGAUGGUUCGCAUCAUUGCAGGGCCGACUAUAGGCACAAUCCUCGCUUCUUUUGGAGCCGAUGUGAUCAGGGUGAACUGCAGCAGACUUGCAGACCUCAACGUCUUGCAGCUCGUUCUCAAUGCCGGCAAAAGAACGGUUGAUCUCGAUAUUAGAAAGCCGGACGACAUGGGCCGCCUGCAUGAGCUUCUAGCUGAUGUGGACAUCUUUGUUCAAGGUUUUCGUUAUGGCUCGCUCGAGAGAAAGGGUCUCGGGCUCCUUAGUAUGCUAAAGCUUGCUGCGAAGAGAAACAAAGGCAUCAUUUACGUGGACGAAAAUGCUUACGGUCCGGACGGGCCAUUCGCCGAGCGCCCUGGUUGGCAGCAGAUCGGCGACGCCGCGUCGGGUAGUUCAUACAUCUUGGGAAGGGCACAAGGCUUCCCAGACGAAAAAUGUGUACUACCACCACUUCCCAUUUCUGAUAUGACGACCGGGCUUGUGGGUGCUCUUGCUGCUAUGUUAGCCGUUCGGGAGCGCGCAGUAAACGGCGGAUCUUACCACGCCACCAGCUCCUUGGUUGCUGCGGAUACAAUUGCGCUGGAGGAAGAGGUUGGUCUCUACCCACCAGAGGUUGUUCACCGAACGAAUGAAAAGUUUGGUUUCGUUCCCAUCAUGCCGGAUCAGUUCGUUUCCGAGAUUAUGAUCCAGGUGAUUGAUGGGUGGAAGAAGGGGCUUCCAGGCUAUCUGGAAGAUAACUCGCCGCUCAUGAUGACCUUUGAAGAGACGGUGUGGGGACGUCAAACACUGCUCAAGCCUGUUGUCAAGCUUGGCGAUGCCGAGGCAACUCCGACGUGGACCACUCCGGCUGUUCCUAACUGCUACCACGAUCGCGACAUACUGUGGCUUUGA